CCUCCUGGUCUGGUGCGCUCAUGGUGGCACCUGGCCGCGCUGUUCUGGCAUGCGCCGCUGGAUCACUUUCACUUAUUCCUCGUUGUGACUCUUUUCUUCUUCAACUUGAAAGCAAAAAUGGACAAUUUUCGAGAUUGAAAUUAUUUCUGAAAAAAUCACGUAAACAUUCAUAACUCGAUCCACAUUCGCGGGUCAAUUAAUUCGUGUUGAAAAUUCCAUCAUCGAAAUAUUUAUUUCGUUUGUUCGAAAGGGCGCGAGUGAUUUGGCGAGUUGUCUGUGUACACAGGGGCCAGACCCACUUGUCCAACCCCUCCCCGCUCCCUCACCGACAAGUGUUGAAAAAAUAUCCUGAAAGCCAUUAAUUCACCCGAAUUCAACGUGAACUAGUAAAAAAAAAAUGGUCUGGUGCCGGCGUAGGGUGGUUGGCGCUGGCGCGUGGUAGUUUUUCACGUAUAAAACGCCAAAGUGAUGCCAGUAUUACGUACGUAAAAUCGCGGAGGAGGGUGGAAGAGGGGAGGGGGGUACUUACACCACGAACAGAGGCACAAGCACAGAAGGGGGCGGGCCCUUCAGGAGAGCAACGAGGCGAGAAGACAGCUAGUCGCACGCAGAUAGUCGAGCUGUCAGGUCGCACUAACGCCCCGGCUCCGGUUGUUUUCAUCAUUCAAACAAAAACUUGCAAAACAAUUUAUCACAGCCCCCUCCCCCCCUUCCAGUCUGUUUAUUAUUGACGUGAGCCAAUUUUCCCCCGAUUUAUUCAUUGUUUAUCGUGUGAAUCGAAUGAUCUCCACAUCACGGGUGGUUUAAAAGUGACAAAAGUGUUGACUUGGGAUUGCAGUGAAGGAAAAGAUAAUCAUUAGAUAUUUAACUGUGAAAAUAAUUAAAUAUGGUUCGGACGUAUGAAUCGAUCCAUGUGACGAUGCGCGUGAUGAGAUGAGGCAUUUUAUUAAUUGCCAUCAACAGUGUGUGAAAGAGUGUCUGUGAAUGCCCAUAAAGCUCGCAACUCUCAUCGAUAAAUUAUAACCCCAAUUCCUCCUCCCCCUCCCCUCUAGUAAAUAAUAAUUUUAUAUUUAAACAAAUAAAAUCCAAUACUAUUGGUUCAGCCUCAUAUGUGCCGGGUGUAUGAGCCUCGUUCAGGGGUGAUAUGUUAUUGGACAUGGAGCAACAUUCGGGUCUGAUGUCCCUGAACAUGUCACCAUUUCACUUGAGCCCACAGGGCAGUCCCCAUGGACCAACUGGUGCUCAACAGCAGCAGCAGCAACAACAACAGCAACAACAACAACAACAACAACAACAGCAACAACAACAACAGACAAAUCAAUACAAUCAAUCGCCGUAUGCUAGUUGUGCACAGAGUCCCCCAACGACAAUGUGCCAACAGCAAUCACAAACACAAUUAUCAAAUCACAGUCAGAGCUCACAAUCGAGUCAAUCGGGUAGUACAACACAAAGUGGCAAUGUACUUGGUUUUGAAUCAGCAUUUUUUGAUGCUAUUGCACUUGAGGAGAGAUGCCCAAUGUGUGGUGAUAAAAUGUCAGGUUAUCAAUAUGGUUUAUUGACGUGUGAAUCGUGCAAGGGAUUUUUCAAACGCAAUAAUUCACCGUGCAGCAAUAAAAAAGUUUAUACGUGUUUAUUUUCACCAACAGGGGGUGGUAAUUGCGGUACAUCUGGUGGUGGUAUUGAAACAAGUGGUAAUUAUCAAAGUGGCAGUAGUAACAACAGUAGUAAUGCCAACAGUACCAAUGGCAAUGCCACGGGUGGAACAACUGGUGGUGGUAAUGGCGCUGGCUCUACCAAUAGUAAUACCAAUCAGAAUGUCGCUAGUUCUGGACAAGUACCUGGUAAUGUAUGCCAUCCUGGCAUUGGACAAGUUGGUAUUGUCACUGGUUCGGUACCAGGUACAUCAGAAUUUCCAGAUACUAAGGAUGUUAUUGAAGAAUUGUGCCCAGUUUGUGGUGAUAAAGUAUCGGGUUAUCAUUAUGGCCUUCUUACUUGCGAAUCGUGCAAGGGUUUCUUCAAACGUACUGUACAGAAUAAAAAGGUUUACACGUGUGUUGCGGAGAGAUCGUGUCAUAUUGACAAAACACAGAGGAAGAGGUGUCCAUUCUGCAGGUUCCAGAAGUGCCUAGAGGUCGGCAUGAAGCUUGAAGCUGUACGUGCAGACAGGAUGAGAGGUGGUAGAAACAAGUUUGGCCCGAUGUACAAGAGAGACAGAGCGAGAAAAUUACAAAUACUGCGACAACGUCAACUGGCACUACAAACGAUACGGGGUAGUCUAGGUGAUCCAAAUUACUCAUCAGGAGUAACGCCAUUCCUCCACAUUAAACAAGAAAUACAGAUACCUCAGGUCUCGAGUCUAACGUCAUCCCCUGACUCGAGUCCAUCACCAGCAGCUGUUGCUGCUGGACUAGUAACAAAUCAACCCGGUGGUAAUAACAACAACAACAACAAUAAUAAUAAUGGAGCUGGUAAUGCUGGACAACAUCAGCUCAUAGCACCCUCAUCACAGCCAACAUUAACUGGUGGCAAUCACAUGUACAAUCCAAAUCAAAGCCUCGAUGGUAAAUUGUGGGCAGCCAAUUCCACUACCUCCAGCCCUAAGGCAUUCAAUUUUGGUGAACAAUCGAGUCAAUCCCAUGGUCAAAAUCCUGGACCAACACCGUCAACUGGUACAUUAAAAACUAGUCCAAUGAUAAGAGACUUUGUACAGUCUGUUGAUGAUCGUGAGUGGCAGGCAUCGCUUUUUGGAUUAUUGCAGAAUCAAACGUACAAUCAGUGUGAAGUUGAUUUGUUCGAACUUAUGUGCAAAGUGCUCGAUCAGAAUCUCUUCUCCCAAGUUGAUUGGGCGAGAAAUUCAGUUUUCUUCAAGGAUCUCAAGGUUGAUGACCAAAUGAAGCUGCUCCAGCACUCUUGGUCGGACAUGCUGGUGCUCGAUCACCUCCACCAGAGGUUACACAACAACCUACCAGACGAGACAACCCUCCACAAUGGCCAAAAGUUUGAUCUCCUCUGUCUCGGCCUACUGGGUGUACCUUCCUUAGCCGAUCUGUUUCAUGAUCUGUCCCAGAAGCUUCAGGAGCUGAAGUUUGACCUCUCUGACUAUAUAUGCAUCAAAUUCCUCAUGCUGCUCAAUCACGACGUACGGGGUCUAGUGAACAAGAAACAUGUACAGGAGGGUCAUGAGCAGGUGCAACAGGCCCUCCUCGACUACUGUGUCUCAUGUUAUCCAUCGAUACCGGAUAAAUUCAACAAGCUGUUGGCAGUAUUACCAGAGAUUCACGUGGUGGCAAGUAGGGGUGAGGAUCAUCUCUACCAGAAACACUGCAACGGUGGUGCACCAACCCAAACUCUGCUAAUGGAGAUGCUUCAUGCUAAGAGAAAAUGAAAUAUAACAUGGAGUCUAUUGUAUCGACGCUUAUUGUGUCUAUAACCACAUACCUCAGUGAAGUACACACUCUUAACACGUUAAAGGAUCCCCCACUGUCGAUUGUCGGUGAAAGAGAUUGAGCAGCAGGAUGAGCACGAUUUAAAAAAUCGCGUUAUCACUGAAACUUUCCAGUUUUGAGGCCUCCAUCUAUUUUUAAUUAACAAAUUUCAUAGAAAAAUCGAAAGUUCUCGUGAUCGUGAUCACUCUGCUGUUUACUCUGGGUUCGUACCAUUUAAUGUUUAUUUUUACCAUUAAGCAGACUAUUUAUUUUUAAUCCUCCAAUCUUCGAUUGCCUCUCGACAGUUUCAUUUGCAUGAUUUUAUAACUAAACGAUAGAAUACAAAUAAUGAACAAAAAAUAUCGAACGUUUUUCUUUGAAUUUAUUCAUCCAAAGGAAUCAUAUGGUUUUAAUGAUCGAAAUAAUUCCGUGCAACUUCCAACUCAACAUUAAAUGUUUUAGAACGUCUGCCGAUCUGACAAUUUUUGGAACAGUACAUCCUCUUACCUCGCACCCAACAGUAAAUCAACUUGAUUGAACACGUAUCAAGCCCUUGAUGAAAAUUGGUAUUUGAUUGGCAAAAAAAUGGAAAAGGCUGGCACUAUUAACGAGUGAAUUAGGAAGAGUACUCAACAACAAAAGCCUUUUAUCUCAGUAUGACGAGACACGUCCAUUGUCUAUUUAAUCGUCCGAUCAGUUCCAUAAAUCGACACUCGUUUUCAUCGACGAAAGAAGUAAAAAAUGUAAAUUGUAAAACUAGCAGGAAAGAGAUGAAGCCAUUAAAGUCUCCACGGAAUACUUCAUGAGAGUGUUUUAUUGUACAUUGUGUGAAAUAAUCGGUGUACAGUUUUAUUAUUAAUUGGCGGAGAAAGUCGAUAUCUAAAAUCAAUUGAUUACUCUAAUUUAAAUAUUUGAUGUGACUAAAAUCCAAAAAUAUAGUGAAAAUUUCUGAAAAUUGCUUACUUGGUGGAAUUUAAAAUUUACAGAGAAUCAAGAGGGGGAUAAAAAUACAAAAAACAGCAAGUGGAGAACACAAAUCAUAAUGAUAUAAAUAUAAAAUACUUUGUGCGUUGUUAACACUGCCGUUGAGCGCUGGCAAAUUGUAAAUUAUGUAGAAAAAAACAUGAUGCAGAAAAAAAAAUGAAAAAGGUGAAGAUUCAUUGACUGUAAAUAUAUAUCUUUAUUAUUAACAUGAAAACAAGGUGAUGUUCAUCUUUGCAAAAUGCCAUUUACACUGAAAUUCAUUACUUUAGUUUAUUUUUCAUUGAACGUCGACUGACUAUUUAGUGGUACUGUCACCGGAGAGGGUGACAUGGUGAAAAAAAAAAUUCAAAUCAUUAUUUUUCUCGAGGUCUGUGGGGAGCCGCAAGUCAUUUACCAGCGUUACGAGGCGACAUUAAUUAUCGAGAGGUGGAAUACAUUCUCGUUAACAAGUGAGGCAGAAUGCGAGUUUGCUAUAGAAUUUUUAAGAUCAUUGAAUAACGAAGAGUCGGCUAAUCAUUAACGAUUUUAGAUUUCGAAAAACUGCAAAUGUUUUUGCUGUUGGUCAAAGUUUUUCAUUUCUCAUUUAGUUUUUACGGUAAAUUUCUUUGAGAAAAAGUCGAUGGCCUGCGGGCAAUUGCAAGUAAUUUUACAUUCAUGACAGUUAGUGUGGAUCAGAUUUCAAAAAUUCCUCGUACGACUUUUCAUUCAUUAAUUUCGCUAUUUCAUCGAGCCUGGAGAGCUCGACUUUGAAGAGCCAGCCCUCGGUGUAGCACGAGGUAUUGAUGAGGCCUGGUUUAUUUUCAACAGCUUCAUUUUUCUCCACAACUUUUCCACUCACUGGGCUUAUCACCUCGGAAGCUGCUUUUACAGAUUCAAGUGCACCAACUUCCUCUAAAAAUACACGAGAUCGAGUGGUUCAAUAAGAGGAUGUACCAUAAAAAAGACUUUCAAUGUUUCUAAAAACAUUAAUAAACCAGAAAAGAAUUUAUCAAUUGAGUUUAGUCUCAACCUAUCCCACUAAAAAACCCCAGGUUACCAGGAGAACAGUUAUCCUGUGUAAUCAACGAUGCAAUUGUCAAGCCCUCUAGAAAUUUGAAAGUGUGCUAAUAAUAUUUUAUACCAUCCUGUUUGAUUUCCGUCCCUACGUCGGGCAAUUGUGCGUAGACAACGUCCCCCAAUGCAUCCUGAGCGUAAUCGGAGAUGCCGACAGUGCCAAUUUUCCCGUUUACCUCCACCCACUCAUGUUUCUCAGUGAACCAUCUCUCUGAAUCAUCAAAUUAGUCAAUUAAACUCAGCUCCUACAGCUCAGGUGCCUUGAAAAUAUCAUGUAAAUUCAAACAUUACCCGCCUUGACGACUGGUGUCGUGACGAUCGACCUCACGUGCUCAAACCCACUGGAUUUACCACAAGAGUUGAUAAUUUUCACUGUCUGUGUGCACGAGAAUGAUCUCAAACUAUGUCUGACUAAUUGGCUCACGAGUUGUGCCAUUGUUGAACGAGUGUCGUUCGAUUUUUAGCUAACAAUGCCCUGUUUUUGGGGCCUCAGUCUCUCCUCCACCGACCACACACCACGAGAGCCUGAAAAUUAGAGCAGAGACAACCGCGUGACUCAAACGAAUGACGAAAAUUGAAUGAUAGAAAAACACGCAAUGGCCUUUACAAUCUUUUGGUUGUCUUAUGGCACACGACCUUUCUUAUCAAUCGGAAUUAACGGGUGAAUAUAAUUCCAUUUAUGAUAAUAAGUUUGGAAUUUAGUCAUUAUUCAGUUUUAUUUUACAAGAAGUUCGUUCCAUCGAUGACCAGAGGAUCUCGUUAACCAAAACGUAAAUAAUAAUAAUAGUUAUAAAUUUCUAGGAGUGCAAUAAUGACUUGAUUUAUUUAAGAAAAUUAAACGUAUCUGAAUGAUUUUAACUAUUCAGAUUUUUUUAGGGUAGAUUAGUUCGAUUGCUUUCUUGCAAAAUUGUUUUAAUAAGUUCGAUUAAUAAAUAAAUAGUAAAAAUUAAAGAGAAACUCAAAGUAAUGGUAUCUUCAGAAAUUGAACAACAUGAGUGAAUGACAGUCGUGUACUCAUUAAUAUUGGGUCAUUCAAUCUCGAAAAUAAUGAAAAAUCACUCGAAUUGUUUAUUUAUCAUCAACAAAGAAGGAUAAAUUUAUUGUACCCACGAAUUUCAAGCGAGAGAGAACUUACGAUAUAUUGACUUAUCUCGACAACACGUGAGGUCAACAGUUCACGCGUGUUUAUCAUUGUUUUGAAAGCGUGUCUCGUACUAGGCCAACUUGAGAGCGACAACUCUUUUCCUUUGGGAUGGGAGUCUCAUUGGAUUAUGAAAGAAUCAUUGGAAUUCUUGGGCAUGAGAGAGUAAAUGAAAAAAAUGUAGACGAACACAUAAAUUCUUGUCCUCUUUGAUACAAUAUAAGUUUAUUACAAAAGCAUAAUUAAAUAUAGCAAUUUUUGAAUAUGACAGUGGCUCCCGAAAUUCAUUCUCCUGUUUUGUGUAAUGACAAAAAUGGCCCUAUCCACUUAAACUAUGGAAAUUUAGAGAAAACAAAUUGUUUUAGUUGAAGUAGUCAUCGAUCACAGGUCAUGUCACAGUAAGAACAAAACAAUGCAUCUCACGUAUGAAAUUAUAAUUGUAUUAAAAGAAGUAUCAUUCUACGUACUCCAGUCACAAUUCUUCGUGGGCCCCAAAAAGGGUAAUGCCCAAACAGAAAAAAAUUCAAUGAAAAGAAAAAGUCCACGUCCAUCGAUCAAAUACAGUUCAAUGGUGGAAGAUAAUUUGAAAAUUAAUUAAGUGUCAUCCCCAACCUUCAACUGAGUGGGGUUCUCAUUACAAAAUGUUCCAAAUGAAUUAUUAAUUAAAUAAACAUUGCCAUCAUGUUUUCCAACGUUCCUCAAACUGUUCUAGUUUACAAGCCUGAAUUGAUUCAUCAAUUUCCAACUAUAGUUGCUCGCACGCAUGAGUGCAGACCAUUAAAGGCGAAUCUUUCUCUCGAUUCGCUAUUAACAACGCCCAACGUAUUGUGAAAACUCCCCAAAAAUCCCCAGGAAUGCGAUGUCCAACCAGAAAAAAUGAAAAGAAAAUAA